UAUCAGAGUUUGAAUUUGCGUCAAAGAAAUUGAAUAUUCUCUCCUAACCAUCAUUAGGUGAAAACUAGAGCGUGAAUCUAUUAAUCCCAUCUCAACCGGACUACAACACCCAGAAGCCUUUGUUUCUCACGGCACACGCACUUCCUCCCAACAUCCUUCGCGGCAGGGAAGGAGAGAGUAGGAGAGAAGGAGAGCUCUCGAGGCCGACACGACCCGUCUAGAACUCGCAGGAGCCGAAGGCCGCCACUCCCGCUGGCGCCGUGAGAGGAACCUCCGGCUAGGUCUCCAGCGGCUCUUUCUCUCCCUCUCCCCACCCGCCUCAGCCAGCUAUGUCGGCCCAGGCGCAGAUGCGGGCCCUGCUGGAUCAGCUUAUGGGCACGGCCCGGGACGGAGACGAAACCAGACAGAGGGUGAAGUUUACAGAUGAUCGUGUCUGCAAGAGUCAUCUCCUGGAUUGCUGUCCUCAUGACAUUCUGGCUGGAACGCGCAUGGAUUUAGGAGAAUGUACAAAAAUUCAUGACUUGGCCCUUCGAGCAGAUUAUGAGAUAGCAAGUAAAGAGAGAGAACUGUUUUUUGAACUGGACGCAAUGGAUCAUCUGGAGUCCUUUAUUGCAGAAUGUGACAGGAGAACUGAACUUGCUAAGAAACGACUUGCUGAAACACAAGAAGAGAUCAGUGCUGAGGUUUCUGCAAAGGCAGAAAAAGUACAUGAACUAAAUGAAGAAAUUGGCAAACUGCUUGCUAAAGCUGAACAGCUUGGAGCAGAAGGAAAUGUGGAUGAAUCCCAGAAGAUCCUUAUGGAAGUAGAGAAAGUUCGAGCAAAGAAAAAAGAAGCUGAGGAAGAAUAUCGAAAUUCCAUGCCAGCAUCUAGUUUCCAGCAGCAGAAACUUCGAGUUUGUGAGGUAUGUUCUGCAUACCUGGGUCUCCAUGAUAAUGAUCGUCGUCUUGCAGAUCACUUCGGGGGCAAAUUACACUUGGGAUUUAUUCAGAUUCGUGAGAAACUGGAUCAGUUGAGGAAAACAGUAGCAGAAAAACAGGAGAAAAGAAAUCAAGAUCGUUUGAGGAGGAGAGAAGAGCGAGAGCGAGAAGAAAGGCUGGGCAGAAGGUCUGGAUCAAGAACUAGAGAUCGAAGAAGGUCACGAUCUCGGGACAGGCGGCGUAGGCGGUCAAGGUCAGGCUCUCGUGAGAGACGAAAGUCCCGGUCACGAUCUCGGGACAGACAUAGGCGACACCGUAGCCGCUCACGUAGCCAUAGCAGGGGGCAUCGCCGAGGUUCCAGAGACAGAAGUUCGAAACACAAAUCUAGAGAUCAAUCUUCAAGAGAGAAGUCCCAGGAUAAAGAGAGGAAGGAAAAGAGCUUUGCUGAAAAAAGGCAUGAGGGUACAAAUGGCCAUGCUGGUUCAAAUAGAUCAGAAGAAAGAGAAGCUGGCGAGAUCUGAACUCACUCUGUGUUGCACUGUAAAUAGUCUGAUAAAAACAUUCUACACACAGCCUAAAUUUUCCAUUUAUAUUUGCCGAAUACAGCUCAUCUUUUGUAGUUUUAAAUUUUUAUUGUUUUGAAGAUAGCUGUGAGUUUAUAGAGAUACAGAGUUACAUACUGUUUACUGGAAUUUUGUUUAGUAAGAAUUUUUAAAAACCUGAUCUGAUGGAUUGUCUUCAGUAUAGGCCAGUGACACCCAUGUAACUUGUUGGUUGCCUCAUCCUAAUUAACGCAGCAGUUAGCCCCGUGGUCAGAAAUGUAAUCAGUUUCUUCUCUCCCCUCUCCCCACCUUACUUCCCUUUCUCUCCUCCCCUUUUUAUCCCCCAGUUUAUAACAUUUAGAAAACAUUCACCUCGACCUUUCAGAGGCUUGAAUUAUAAGAUUAGUUACCUUACUAACUUAUUAGUUACAUUACUACCACUGGUGCUGAAUUUGCUAUUUCUGUUAGGUUUAUACACAGAAGAAUCAAGAAUUUAAAUGAUUUGGCCUCUUCAUUUUGAGUUUCUAUUAUUUGAUGCUUCAAAUCCAGAUUAUUAUCUAUGCCCCUUAUUGUACACAUUUGCUUCAGAAAGAUAAUUGGAGCACCUUGAAUACUUUACAGAUGGGGUGCCCUAAAUUACUUAAAUUAUUUCAUCUUAAAAACUGGAAUCAAAUUGACUAUAAAUUUGGUUCUUUUCUUCAUUCUCUAUUCUUUGUAUCCUUCUUGGUUAAAACCUGAAUUCAACCUAUAAAGGUUUUACAUAUGCUGAAUUGAUUUUUGUAUAGUACAGGUUGACACCUUUUUAAAAAAUCCUACAAUCGGAGCACAGAUUUUGUGGGAUUGUGUCAUUACCUGAACUCUACAAUGUAGUCUCUUUGUUUACCAUUUAUAUUUCAGACAAUGACAAAUCAAUAUGUAAUCAAAUCAUAUAUUCAGAAAUUCUCAUCUGUAGGGGCACUAUAAAAAAAAAAAAGUUGGUGCUGUGAACACCUUGGCUUAUAGGAUUAGCAUAGUUUUUUUUCUUUUUCUCUUUAAAAUACUGUGUGAUUUCACAUAAGUAACCUCUUCAUCUGAAUUGUUUUCUUCCAUUUCUUGAGGCGGCCAAGAGACUGCAGUCUCUUAAACUUUAUCCCACAGGUUAAUUUGUUUUAAUCCCAUACAGCAAGUAUUUGUAUGACCAAAUGAAUAUUUUCAAAUUGGUGAACAUGUUAUUUGUAGAUAUUGAAGAAAUCUCCUUUUUUUUUUUUUUUUUUUUUUUAGUUUUAAGUGUUGAGAAUUUUGAGGAGCUGAGCUUCUGAUAAACUUUUUUUUUUUCCUUUUAACAUAGGCUCUCCCACCUUCAGUUUCUGUGGAGAUACAGAAGCUGUUUUUGGUCUGUUUGGUCUUAUUGAUGCAUGUUUAGCUAUUGCGGGAAUCUAGUUCUGUUUUUUCCAACAACUAUUACAUUUUAAUUAUGGGUUAUUUGUAGUCUUUACUAUGUUCAGGGUUCUCCUUUUUCAUGUACUCCCAAUACUUCCUCCAUGGACCUUCCCCUUCUACUCCCAACCCCCAAGGAGAGGACAGGUCUAUGGCCAUGGUGAGUUUCUCUUUCUUGAACAAAAUGGACCUAAUGUCCCAAAGCAUCUGAUAAUUGAUUCCACAUUAAAAAGGCAGUGGUAGAAUGGAACCCACAUUACAUCGAUUUGUUGUCUGUGCAACAUUUUGCAAAUAUCAUGACAACUGGGAGUUGUUUCUUUUGUGGCACCUUUGCUUAUGAGGAGUUUUGGUCUAAGUAUACAAAUGUAAGUAAAAUAUGCUGUUCUCUUGCCAGUCUUAACUCACAUUAAAGAUUUAUGUUUAUGUCA